AUGGAGAAGCAAAUUAUAAACAAGAGAAAAAGAGUCUGUUCUCUCAAACCAAACAAGAAUCCUAAGGCCGUCUUCGUGAGAAGAUACGCGAGUCACUUGGUUCCAGCUCUCAAGAAGAUCAACAUGAACACACCCUCUUUACAAAUCAACCACCAAAGUUUCGAACAAACCGUGAAACAUGAAGUAGACAUGGCUUUGGCUUUGGCUUUGUCUGCUCAAGAAUUCGCGUGGAGCCAUUUCUUGAAACACAAGCUAUUAUCUUCCCCUCAUGAAGAUCCUAGUUUUUCUUCCAAAAUUAGAGAAAGAUCUAGUUAUAAACAAGAUCACGAAGAAGAAAGAGCAGAGAUCAAGAAGAGAUUGAAAGAAUUGCAAAAGCUUUUGCCGGGUGGUGAAGAGAUGAAUAUGGAGGAAAUGUUGAGUGAGAUUGGAAGCUACAUUGUAUGUCUUGAGUUGCAGAUGAUUGUUCUAAAAUCUCUUGUGCAAGAUAACACUUCUUGA